AUGGCAACAAUGGACGAUGAAGGCCUUACCACUGUCGGACAUGGGUUCGGAGAAAUGGUUGGAGGUGGCGCAGAUAGGGAUCCCGUGCAGGGCCAAGCUCCUCCUCAAUUUGAUAGUGAGCACAAAACCAGUGAGGUUGUCGAUGUCAAUAUUUAUUGUACGAAAGUUGGGACUGCUGGAAACGAUAAACCGCAAUCUUCUUAG